GCCGAGGUUCCGGGACGCGAGGAGCACCCCCACCCCCACACCCCACCGCUCCCUUCUCCUGGUGGCCUCGGUCUGUCCCCAGAGCGGCCUGGGCGGACUUAGCCUAGACCCAAGGCAGGGGGCGGGCCCGAGGUGCGGAGAGGCCUGGGUGGUGGCGGAGGUGGGCCGCCCUGGCCCCGGGAAUCUGAAGCCUAGGGGUCCGGGGCUCCUCCGUGCGCGACCUUGGCCAAGUCACCUCUCCCGGGGCCUCAGUGUCCAUACUGUCAAGCAGGAGAGAUGCCGGGUAACCCCCGUCUUUGACUGUCCAAAACAGAAUGCUUUGACCUCCAACUGUUUGAAACCUAGUAGAUAAUCCAGAUACUGUGUGCCAUAAGCCUUUGGCCCAUAUAUAAGUGGGAAUGCAGCUUCCUUGGAUGUGUGAAACUUCUUAGGCACCUGUGUCUGAAUCCAGUCACUAAGAUCUACUGCCCUAGCUCCUUGGUGCAGUAUAGCCACACAUCAAAAAAUGUUUGCAAAACUAAAGAAGAAAAUUGCUGAAGAGACUGCUGUAGCCCAGAGGCCGGGAGGUACUACUCGGAUCCCACGCUCUGUAAGCAAGGAAUCUGUAGCCUCUAUGGGAGCUGACUCUGGAGAUGAUUUUGCUUCUGAUGGAAGCAGCUCCAGAGAAGACCUUUCAUCCCAGCUUUUGAGAAGAAAUGAACAGAUACGAAAAUUAGAGGCCCGACUUUCUGACUAUGCUGAACAGGUCCGAAACUUACAGAAGAUAAAAGAGAAGCUUGAGAUUGCAUUAGAAAAACACCAGGAUUCAUCCAUGCGGAAAUUUCAAGAGCAGAAUGAGACAUUCCAAGCCAACAGAGCCAAAAUGGCAGAAGGACUGGCUUUGGCAUUAGCCAGGAAGGACCAGGAAUGGUCAGAAAAGAUGGAUCAACUUGAAAAGGAAAAAAGGUUUCUGACAGCUCAGUUGCAGGAAGUGAAGAACCAGAGUUUGAAUCUUUUCCAAAAGAGGGACGAAAUUGAUGAACUAGAGGGGUUCCAGCAACAAGAACUAAGUAAACUAAAGCACAUGCUUUUAAAAAAAGAAGAAUGUCUAGAGAAAGUGGAACAAGAGUUGGAAGCACGAACCAGAGAACUUAGUCACACUCGGGAGCAGUUGGUGACUUCCAAUCAGAUGUCAUCAGACUUAAGCAACAAGCUAGAAGAAUUACAGAGACACUACUCUUCGCUGGAAGAGCAGAGAGAUCAUGUGAUAGCAUCACAAGCUGGUGCAGAAAACAAGAUCACAGCCCUGGAGCAAAAGGAACAAGAGCUCCAAACAGUCAUUCAGCAACUUUCCAUGGAUUUGCAGAAGGUCACUGCUGAAACUCAAGAAAAAGAAAAACUCAUUGCACAUUUGCAAGAUAAAGUCACAUCUUUAGAGAGGAGACUGGAACAGAAUUUAUCAGGAGAAGAACAUGCACAAGAACUCUUAAGAGAGAAAACAAUUGCUGAGCAGAGCUUAGAGGACAUCAGACAGCAGCUCUUGGCAGCCAAAAGUUGCCAAGCCAAGACCAUUGACAUCCUGGAGACUCGGGUGAAGGAACUGGAGCAGAGCCUGCAGGCCUCGGAGGAGCAGCUCCGGCAGAACCGGGAUGUCAUGGCUGUGCAGGAAGCUCAGAUCCAGGAGCUCGCCACCGCAAAGCAAGAGAGCAGCUUUGUGCAGCAGCAGGUCCUCACCCUAGAGCAGCAGUACAGGGAGCGCACCCAUUCCCUGGAGGCCCAGCUCACCGCCCUGGAGCAGGUUCGGGCAGCAGACCGCACUGCUGCAGAGCAUGGGAUGAAAGAGCUGGAGCAAGAAAAUGCUGCCCUGAAAGAAAGCAAAAAUGAAUAUGAACGCUCUUUGCAACAUCACCAAUUUGAACUGAAUAAGCUAAAGGAAGAGUGGAGCCAGCGAGAGCUGGUGAGUGUGGCCAUGGCUCAAGCCCUGGAGGAGGUGCAGAAGCAGAGGGAGGAGUUCCGGCAACAGGCUGCUGCGCUGAGCACCACCGUGGACGAAAAGGAGCGGGGUCUGCGGGAGAAGGCCGACGCACUUCUCCAGAGGGAGCAGGAGGUGCACCACCUGCAGAUAGGCCAUGACGCUGCCCUGCGCCAGCUGCAUCAGCUGCAGUGUGAGCUGGAGGAGCUGAGGAGCUCUCGGACCCAGGAGGCCGCCACACAGGAGGAGCCGCCCCAUCUGCACGGCCAGGAGCUGCUCGUAAGUCAGGUUACCUCAAAAGCCACACAUGAUCCCGUGUACCAGCUUCCGGCCACAGAAGGAACACCAAAUGGCGAGGUUGGGGCCAUGGAUCUAGGGCAGCUGCAGAAGGAAAAGCAAGACUUAGAACAGCAACUUAUAGAGAAAAAUAAGGCCCUCAGGCAGAUGCAGCAGAGGAUGCUGGAACUCAAGAAGACUCUGCAGAAGGAGCUGAAAAUCAGACCUGACAAUGAGCUUUUUGAAGUCCGGGAGAAGCCAGGCCCUGAGAUGCCACACAUGGCUCCCUCUGUCACAAAUAACGCCGACCUGACAGACGCCCGCGAGAUCAACUUCGAGUACCUGAAGCAUGUUGUCCUGAAGUUCAUGUCCUGUCGCGAGUCUGAGGCUUUUCAUCUUAUAAAAGCUGUGUCCGUGUUGCUGAACUUUUCACAAGAGGAAGAGAACAUGCUCAAAGAAACUCUGGAGUAUAAGAUGUCCUGGUUUGGGUCCAAACCAGCUCCCAAAGGCAGCAUCCGGCCAUCCAUCUCCAGCCCUCGGAUACCAUGGUCCUAGAAGGAAUCACCCACCCAAGGAUGCAGCUCCAUAGGUUGACACUUUUUCUGUGAAAAGAACACUAACACACCAGUCUGGGUGGGUUUUUAAUCACUGUAUCUGCAGUAUUUUGUACAAGCCCCCAAACAUUGUUUACAAGACUUAGAGGCCCGCCCCCCUGUAAGCUGAUAGGAACCUCAGGAGGAAACUGAUCCUAUGACAUUUUGGUCACCCAACUGGAAGGUCCAGGCACUACCCAGAUUCCAGUGCUGCCAGUACCCCAGCUCUGGCCUGUGCCUGAGUCCUCUUCCCUUUUUAACAUUAGCACUUAAAGCCGAAGCAGGAGCCUGUCAGGCGACGCGUGACUGAUCAUGUAGCGGUGAGGUGAGGAGGGGAAGACAGCCUUCGCAGGAAUCAGCUCGGUGGAUGCGGUGGAGCACGCCGGCAACCCGAGCACUCAGGAGGCCGAGGCCAGAUCCCAAGUUCCCCAGCCUGUGCUAACGUAGUUAAGACUCAAAAAAGGAAGGAAAAAAGGGUCUCCUUCUAGCAUGCUUGGGUUCAGACGAGUUAGCAGCCUUUUCACCCUUCUCAAGAAAACAUCAUUGUCCAAACCAAGGCCCUGAGAAGUGUGCGUGUUUGGAGUGCCGGGACCUGGGCGGCUUCACGGAUCUGCAGCUUCUGUGGCAUCUCCAUCUUACUUAGGAAAACUAGCGACAAAAAGAUCCUAAGUAUAGCACCAAAUACACUCAAUUGCCUUUUAAAUGAAUGUACUUGUCCCGAUAGGUUGCUGGUAAACCAUUUAAAACUAUUUUUAUAGCUAAAAUUCGUCACUCUUAUAAACAGGUCUUCUGCAUUAUAAAAUCCAUGUAACUGUCCUUAAAGGAAAAUGGAGCGAGAGGAAGCUAUAUCCCCAUCCCUGCGUCAUGUUGCUGGUCUUGUGUGCCAUCUGCUGUCUGCAGCAGGGGUGGGGUUUCACUUGCUCUCCUCCUCAUUCUCAGCAAAUGCUAAUCACUUUCUCUUAGGGACAGCCUGCUGACGUUCGUGGAAGCAGCAUGUCUGUUCUUCCCCCGUCUGCCUUGUGUGGAGCCACUCUCCCUCCCCACCCCCAGAAUUUAACAUGACACUACAUUCAUACCCAGCCUCAGCCGGCUGCAAACUUGAUAGCCCCACAGGCUUCUGGCUAGAGUGAUCAACACUUGUGUUCCUUAUUACACUUGUUCCGAAUCUAAAGGGAAACAUCCUAUUGAUUUACUUUCUGAUGAAACUUUCAUUAGUAAAUUAAAAACUGAAUAACUGGACCUCCUAAAUUUAUUAUCAGCUAACUAUGUAAAGUUGUUUCUCAGUUGUGAAACAAUUAAGGCCUAUACACAUGUACCCAUAAAAUACAUCCCAGAGAAACCCGGGUAUUUAUUUGCAUUUGCCUGUACUUCCAGAAGUACCAAGCCAGGAUAGCAUCACCCACCUCAGGCUCCGCCCACUACCUACCUCCACACGCGGCUUCCUUGCAGAAGUCUGUCCCUUGAGAAUCCCACUUCCCAUCUAUUGGGAAGCAAAGUUGGAGUCCCGUUGUCCUGACUUUGAGGAAGCACUAGCUUCUGUACCAAGCAAAAGUUCCUCCUUUUCCCCAUGAGGAACGGUUAGUCCAUGGCUAGCCAGCAGUAGCUACCGCACUGUGGAAGCCUGUCCCACGUCAGCGGCUUCCCCUGUUGAAACAGUGAGUGAGGUAUGAUGGGGCCUGUUGGGUAGUCACUUAUUUAGGGACAGCCCUCUGGCUAGGCUUUCCUGCAUGUUGAAUUUCCUUCAGCUUUAAGAGGAAGAGUGGAGUAAAUAUUCCAAGUGAUUGAAUGCACUUUUACUUGUAUAAAGUUUCCUGUGAUAGACAGUAUAUAUAACCCUUUAUAUGAGCAUUGGAUCUUGAUAUCACUCCCAAUGUUGUAAAUAGGGACUGUAUUAUCUAAAAACUGCUGUAGAACAUUUGUGGUGCAAUACACUUUUUGAUUAAAGCUAUUCAAUUCAGAUG